AAGAAAAGGUGGGGAAACUAGAGGGGACGCAGAUGGGAUGAAAGCUGCCACCAGACACCAACCUGCAAGGGACACGGUCCUGGUCCCACACAGGGACCAAGAAAGUGUCACUGCUCUGUGUGUGUCAACCCAUUGGGGACCCACAACACCACCACUUCCUGGGCACCACAAACAACAUUUGGGGAGGUGACAUCACAGCAUCCUGUUCACAAGAGGAUCUGUCAGCAGCUCUCCUGCAUCUUCCUGUGCCCACUGCAGUCUCGCCGUCCCCAGGCUGCUCCUGCUUCAUGGCAACAAUGGCACUGGGCCUCAUCCUGGGUUGGUGUCUGGUGGCAGCGAUCAGGGCACAACACCUGCCCCGAUCCUCCCUGUCACUGCAUCCCAGCCAGGGGGUAUCCCUGGGGGACAAUGUCACCCUGCGCUGCCACCUGCCCCGGCCGGUUGCCUGGGUCUGGCUGUACCAGGAAGGAGGUUGGACAUACAGCAAGAGCAAGAACAAGCAGCAGGACGCAGCUGAGUUCUCCUUUGUUAGCACAAGUCGGGAACAUGCAGGUACAUAUCAGUGCCAGUACCGGGAGCCUGAGUCAGCAAAGAUAUCAGAGCAGAGUGACCCCGUGCAGCUGGUGCUGACAGGUGAGGGCACUGGGGACAGCGGAUGGCUCUGGGGGCUCCCAACAGGACCGUGUUCCAGUGCUGUCCCCUCCCCUCAUGUAGAUCCCAGCUUCCCACCACCCGGCAUCUCCCUUCGCCCUGAGGAAUGUGUGGGGACAGGGACCAAUGUCACCAUCCACUGCUGGAACAAGGGUUUUGGGGCCACCUUCCUCCUGCACAAGGAUGGGUGCUCAGCUCCUGUACAGCACCAGGACUCCAGUGGUGGGGGUGCAGCAAAUUUCACAGUCUUUGGGGUGGCCCCAGCAGAUGCUGGCACCUAUAGGUGUUCCUACCGCCCCUGGCGUUACCCCUUUUUGUCCUCACCCCUUGGAGACAGCACGAGUCUGGAGGUGACACCCACACCUGCACCCCCAGGUGCCAAGGAACUGUCCCGUGCAAAUCUGGUGAUAGCACUGGUGAGGGGCUUGGUCGCUGCACUCGUCUUUGGCCUUGGAGUCUUCUUUGUCAUUGAUGCCCGCAGCCUCUGGAUACAGAGAGAUGAGAGCUCUGGUGAGGAAGGGGUUAAAUGUCUCCCAUCCUCUAUAGAUCCAACCCAGUGUCCCCUGCCUUCCCUUCUAUCCCAUAUCGAUCCUCCCAGGUGUACCUUCCUGCCCUUUGAUUCCCUAUAGAUUCCCUAUAGGGCUCCUUGUACGUGACUCAAGGCC